AUGGGAUAGGUGGGGGACUUUGUUUCCCUUAGGCAGGGAAUUUGCUCUGGGGAUAGCAAAGUAAAGGAGGAUUUGCAGCAGUUUCAAAUGCCAACAUGUCCUUCAAAGUCAGCUAUUACGUACUUUUGUGUAGGUCUCAGGAGACAGUGUGUGGUGUUUUUCUGGCCCUUUUUCUCCUCUGGAGAUAAAAGACAAUACAGUAUUAAAGAGCACACAAAGGAUCUGAGGCAUCUAUGUAGGAAGGUACAGUCCUGUGCAAAGAUCUCACCUUGGUCCUGGGAAGAGGGUGGCUGAGUUGCAGCCCCAAGGGCUGUGGUGGCGUAGAGCUUUCCUGCAGUAGACACAGCUGUAUCACACCUGGAUGUAGCUCUGCAAAGUCCUGUAUCCCCUGCUUCAUUGCACAAGGAGCCAGCCAGCCCAGCACUGUUAAUACUUCAUACAACCAGCCCAGCCCAGCCUGCGCUCCACAUCCUUUUCUUAGGCCUUGUAAAAGACGACUUAAAUCCUUGAGUCUUUUUCCAGUCUGAUCUCUGAUUCUAUGACAGUCAGGACCAGACCUUCCCUCCUAUGGUGCAGCAAUAGAGAGCUUUAAGGUAAUGGUGAGCACCUAAUUUUAGGCAGUUUAAAGCUGCAGUUAAUUUCCAGAUUAUAAGGUGCUAUGCCUUUGCACUCUAGGUGAUGCUCACGCUGUGUGCCUUUUUAUUAACCCUUGUUAUUUGACUAGUUGGCUGUUGGGUCAGACUGCCCUGACCUGUCUGAUACAGUGACACUGAAACUAUUCUGCUUGCACUGACAACUUUCACAAAUCUGGAGCUGUGUUCUUUUGCUAUUAGCCCUGGGCUGAUCUCCCUAAGCUAGAAGAGCUAUAAAGGCUUAAGAGCGACACAGUAUCCUUAACUGACCUUAGUAUGUACUCAAUACCCAGCAGAAUCUCUAGUCAGAUCAGAAAACGCCAAGGCAAAUCCAGAACCCAGUGACGAACUACUUUUUGUCUCCAUAGAUGUCAUUCUGAGAGUCUUGAGCAGCCACUUUCCUUUUUAUUUUUCAGACUGUUCAGACCUGCCUAUUCCUAUGGAUCUCUGGCAUUAAAUGCAUGUUACCUUCUAUUGUGAGAUACUAAAGUGUGAAACAGGUUGCAGAUGGGUUUAUGAUGUUAGAGGAAUGUUUUUCUUUCAAUGUUUUUCCCUUAGAGUAUUUUUUUUCUAGGAAGGACUGGGCCACUAAUACAAACAGAAUGUGAAGCAAACGUCAUACUCCUCUGAAACCGCAAAAGGCUGGUUUCUGCUUUAUGCAAAUAAAGAGAUCACAAAGAGCUUUGAUGUUAGUGCUCAGAGCCUGGGAAAUCAACCCAUGCAACACCUGAUAGGAAAAGCAGGCCUUUGGCAGUUAGCACAGUGACUUUUCAUGUGUGAUCAUGAACUGCUAGAGCGCAUCUCAUUGUGGACUUGCUGCUGCUGUUUCUGUGGGGCAGCAGGAGAUGCUGCAAGGCUUUGGGCCCCAGACACUCUCCAUCUGCAUGCUCUCAGUUUCUCCACAUAAGCUCUCUUCUCUUUCCUAAAACGGGGAAGAGAAGAGCAAGGUAGGAAACAGGAAGAAUACACAGCCUGAUCUGACAGAACUAGCGGAGUGAGGAGUGAUAGUACUCCAACAACUGGGAUGUAUGGUCCCUGAAAAGCAUUGUCCUCCCAUGGGUCUGAGGUGUCAGCAUAGUGCUGUCUGUUGCCAACACUGCCAUGUUGUAAGAGCACUCACUGGUAUCCCUGUCCCUUCUUUGCAGGGACGAUAAGGUACCGCUGAAACUGUAUUUUUUAGCAUUUGUCAUCUUUCUGUUCUUGUUUUUUUUUUUUUGUACUGUGGCAGUGGAUGGAGGCCCUAGAUCAGGGUCAGGGCCCACCAAAGAGGCCGUUUGUGCUUUUGCUCCUCCAGGGCAAUGCUACCUGUUGGCUAGUUCACAAGCAUAGGGAUACAGUGUAUUUGUGUGCAGAGAAGGGCAGCAGCGUAGCUCCUGGGGUUUUGCCAUCGUAAGUGGUGCAGCCAUGAGUCGGGAGGGGUUUUCCCAACUAGUUCUAAUCUUCCUGCUGUUCAGCAACAUUGUCUUUCUUCUCAAAUCUGAUGCAUCUCUUUGCGGAUAAAUAUGAUAUAUCUCUUUGCCAGGAAAAUAUGAUGCAUCUCUUUGCUGACAAAUAUGGUGUGGAUCUUUAUCAGAGGCUCCUUAACUGCAUAAUACAAUGACCCAAUGUACACAUGCAGGUCACCUGAACCGAUUACCUUCUCUGCAUACUGAUUCAUCGGUUGAAGGCUUUUUACGGUGCUUGCUUAGAAACAGUGAGAGCUGAAGCGUGAUAAGCUCAUAAACCCUGCCAGGCUGAUGCUUUAGUACAGAAUGUGUUGAUGCUGGUUUUUUAAUGGCAUUUGAGUCAUUCAGGCUCAUUAAUAUUUCCUUUACAUUAACGUUUCUGCCUGUUGGCAAUCUAGUUGGCAGACGUAGCGACAUAUGGGACUAGGUAUGCACAUUAUCAGACCUUUGAAAACCUGUGGUAGUUGUUCAGAGGUCGUCCUUUAUUUCCUUGAAGCCUCUGUGAGUUUCUAACCAGAACUGGGCCUUCAUGCCAUCACUUCUCAGUUCCUGGCUGGUAUAAAGAGGUUGGGUCAUGUGUGGUUAUUACAGGAUUUUUAUUAACCUCCCUCUUCCAGCUAUUGUGGGCUUGUUUUUCCCAUUAGAUUAGCUGAAAUGUACUCCCUUGUUAGCUUUCAGCUAACCAGACCAUUGUUAGGUGGAAGAGACAUGUACACACUAAGCCAACCGUGAGUAGAGAAGGUUUCAGGGGCUGUACCAAAAUACCAGCCUAGAAGGCAGCAAAGGACAGAGUCUCCCAUCUGUAUCUAGGGUUUGUUUUCCACCCUGCUGUCCUUGCAAAAAGAUCUGCUGUGCCAUCUCAGCCCUUUAGGCUCUGUGCCUUGGUUUGCAUGAAUUCAGACCAAAAGAAACGUACCAUCCAAAUGGCUGAGAAAUUCCUUGGUUCCCUGUUUAUCAUGUUCUGUCCAAUCCUGCCAAUGCAUUUAGCUCCAAGCUGGGGACCCUGUUGCAAGGACAGUGUCCACAAGUCAUUAAUCUUUAUGUCUCUCUGCAGAGAGAGUCAGGGAAGGGGUUGAUUAGUACAAAAUAUGUUAGGCAAUGUAAUUUAAACAUUGAAUUUGAACUGGACUGAGAAACCUGAAUCUUUCAUGCCUGCUAAUGAAUACUUGCUUUCACUCCUUCGCCUUCACUGGGGCAUGGCUGGAUUUGAACCUGUGGUUGAAUAGUGAAAAAGCUCAGUUGCCAAUGUACUAAACUAAUCCUAUGCCCUUCCAUCCUAAAUUGUGCUUUUAAAGCUUUUUGAUUCUCUGGUCCAAUUAGUUUGCCUAAAUUAAUUAUUAGCAAGAAGCCCCAACAGAAUACCCUGAUUCCCUUCCCCACAUGCAUGACUUUGAGCUGAAGAAUACACUUCAGUCUUCACGGAGCAGGAUACAAAUUCUUUGGCUGUAUGUGGCCAUGAUGCAGCUCUGGGUCUUGAGCUUGUGUCAGCUGUUUGACCAUGGAAAUUCUGGGGUGAGAACGCCUCUCUCAAAAACAGUAUCUUCCCCGGAGCUUGCAGAAGCAGAGCGUUUCUCUUUAGGACAGGAAGGGAGACCAGCUCACAGCAUGCCGUGGAAACGUUCACCCUUUCUCUCCCUUGCCUGCAGUGUAGUGAGAUUACAGAGCUACCUUAAAUAAGCUCUGGCUAUGACUCUUAUCUUGGCCUUUGCAAACUAGCAGAAAGUUGAAGUGAUGACAGCAGAUAAGGGUGUUCGCUUUUGAAGCUUAUUGGCUGGUUCUCUGGAUUUUUUUUUUCCCCCUGAAAGCCAGUCAUUCAGAGGUAUAGCUGGCAUAGACUGAUUGUUACAUCCCGCGGAGACCAUGGAGGGGACAAGAGGGGCUUGGGUCUAGAAGGGCAGAUCUCCUCUCACCAGCCGGCUUAGCUGUGUCACUUGCCUGGGGAUGAGACCUGCAUAGUAUCGUCAGCCGUGAGAAAUGUGGACUCAUGUUUUCCUUGACCUUUCUUCACCUUGAAGGAGAGCAGAUUGGAUCCUGGUUGUUAACCCCCCACCUCCUCAGUUUUGGGACAGUGAGAAAAGUUCAACAUUUCUUACGGUGGGAGUGAGGGAACUGGGACUGGUUCACAGCAGACUUACAUAUUAAACCAUCGUACCAAAAGCAAGCCGCAGUCUGACAAGAAAUGUAACCUGAGGAGAAAGGACACUAGUGCGUUUGAGCACGCUGAGGGAUUCUUGCAUGACCUGUCACUCUUUCAGUGCUGUAGCCUGAGCAGGUCUUACUGGUUUUUACCGAGGUGGUGGGAGCUGAAUGGGGUGUGGGCUCAUUUCUAUUCGUCCACAGACACCUCUGCAAUCUUCUUUUCUCUUUUUUAAUUCCCCUCUGGAUAUAACUUGGAGAAAUAGUGUGCAUCAAGUUUGCCGCCACCUGGGCUCAAUCUGGCUGAAUCAGUUUUGGAGGAUACCCUUGCUGCAACGCUCUGGAUGUGCUCCUAGGAGGAGAAGAAGCUAAAGCAAUUUGGCAUCAUUGCUGCAGUUUGAGGAAAAACAUUUCUUUUGACUUUAGAGAGAGCUACCAGGAGGAUCUGUGCGAUGUCCUAAUCUCCCCUCAUUUGCCCUGCUGAGCAUGGGGUAAUGGUGUUUGACCAUGGUGGUCACCCAGUUACAGUUGGAACUGUGCUUCCAUGGCAAGAAGCUGAGAGGUUUCACCUGCAAGUUGACCAGGUCAGCCAGUGGAUUUCUUCCAGAGACUUCAUUCUCCAUUGCCUCCCAGAUUUUCGUGCCGUUCCUUCUGGCUGGCUUGGGCAUGGUAGCUGCUGGCCUCUUGAUGGAUGUUGUUCAACACUGGGAUGUGUUUCGGACAAUUACAGAAGUUUUUAUCCUGGUUCCUGCCUUGGUUGGCCUGAAGGGUAAUCUUGAGAUGACACUGGCAUCCAGGCUCUCUACUGCUGCUAACACCGGACAGAUGGAUGAUGCCCAGAAGCAAUGGAAAAUGGCCACCUGCAAUUUAGCCCUUAUCCAGGUCCAGGCCACUGUGGUGGGACUUCUGGCUGCUGUUGCUGCUGUGAUCCUGGGAGCCAUCUCCAAGGGCUCUGUGGAGCUGAGCCAGGCUGCUGUGCUGUGUGCCAGCAGUGUGACCACAGCGUUCAUAGCUGCACUUUCUCUUGGUCUGGUGAUGAUUGGCGUGAUCAUCGGAGCAAGGAAAGUUGGGAUCAAUCCAGACAAUGUCGCCACACCCAUAGCAGCAAGCCUUGGAGACUUGAUAACCCUUUCCCUGCUGGCGGGAAUCAGCAGUACACUCUUCAAAUACAUAGAUAUAAAAUACCUUUCUCCCCUGAUCUGUGCUGUCUUCAUCGUCAUGAUUCCUCUAUGGGUUGCCAUCGCCAAGCAAAGUCCUUCCCUUGCCGAAGUCCUGAAAUCUGGAUGGCAGCCGGUCAUUGUUGCAAUGAGCAUCAGCAGCAUUGGUGGGCUCAUCUUGGACAAAACUGUAACUGACCCAAACUUUGAAGGCAUGGCAGUUUUCACACCUGUGAUUAAUGGUGUUGGAGGGAAUCUGGUUGCCAUCCAGGCCAGCCGCAUUUCCACGUUUCUGCACUUCUGGAGCAUGCCUGGAGUUUUGCCAUACAAGAUGAGGCAGAAUUGGCCCAACCCAUGCACCACAUUCUUCUCAUCAGAGGUGAAUUCCAAGUCAGCCCGAGUCCUGUUCCUCCUGGUUAUCCCAGGGCACCUUGUGUUCCUCUACACCAUCCAUCUGCUGCAAGGAGGCCACACGUCUCUGUCCUUCACCUUUGUGAUGUUCUAUCUGACUGCUGCUUUGCUGCAGGUGGGAAUCCUGCUCUACGUGGCUGACCUAAUUGUGCGCCUGAUGUGGAGGAAGGCACUGGACCCGGAUAACUUCUCCAUCCCCUACCUCACUGCCCUGGGGGAUCUCCUGGGCACUGGCUUCCUGGCCAUCUGUUUCCGCCUGGUUUGGCUCGUCCAUGGCACAGACAUGAACCUGGGGAACUGAGAGACCAGCGCUGCUCUGCAUCACUCUUGCAACGCGGUGCUUUCCUCCAGGACAACAGCGUACUUGGCGAUGAGUGCUGGGUCACCCGGCUGGAUUGGGCCUCCCCCGCCACUUCUGAUGCCCCAUCUCUCCUCCCCAUUGUGCCUUACAGCUGGGCUCGCCCACCCCAAGGGAUCAGCACCCACAGACUUGCACCCUCGCAAGUGAGCAAGCUGGUUUUAAGCAAUGCCCACUGCUCACACCUGCGCCCAGCAAACAAGGUGCUAAGGAGCAACUGGGCUGUUUGUAAUGAAUGAGCAUUUUGAUCGGUUUCAGUCCCUAGCACUGACACAGCCCGUGAGGUUGCUCCAAAGCCUGCCGAGGUCACAGCAUCCCAUCCUGCUGUGGAUGUUGCAACCUCUCCAUCGGACUCUGACUUUCCAUCAAGGGAAAUUCUUUAUUUGUCCUCCUUUUUUCUCCCAUUGCAUCCCUGGAGGAGAAGAGCAACCAGGUCUUUAAACUUGUCUCCUCUCCAUCGCUCAGACGCUCAGGAUCUGACACAGUCUGCUCCUCGCUGGCUCAUUCCCAGCAGGAGAUUAUCUAAGGAUACCACCUACCUGCCCUGGCAGCAUCACUGUUGUCUGACUGACAAGCUGGAUUGAUUGCAUUUUGGGGGUAGGAAAGUUUGUUUUUACGGUUUAUGAAAUGUCCAGUAGUUAAAAUGUUUAUAGAAACAAACACACAAAUAAAGUGGUUAAAAAAAGG